AUGGCUUGUACUCAGCCCGCACGCCCAACUCAACGCGCCAGCUUCAAAUCUGAUCCCAACUACACGUUCGCGCCAAUCAUUAACGGUUGCUGGCAGCUGGCCGGAGGGCACGGACGUGAGGUAUUCGACAACAUACAGAUCUUCACCAAGUACGUCCCGAACAUCUUCCAACAGAGACCCACCCCGGCGGCGGUGGAGGCGGCGGUCCGGAGGUCCAUGAACCGGCUGCAGGUGACUCAGCUGGACCUGGUGCAAUUGCACUGGUGGGAGUACUCCAUCCCCGGCAUGGUGGACACCGCCCUGGCGCUGGCUGAUCUGCAGUCCCGGGGCCUUAUCCGCUUCGUGGGCAGCACCAACAUGGACGUAGCGGCGCUGGCGGCGAUUGUGGAUGCGGGUGUGGGCGUGGCGGUAAACCAGGUUCAGUUUUCCUUAUUGGACCGGCGACCCCUCAACGGCAUGCUGCAGUACUGCCAGGCCAGGGGAAUAAAGCUCUUCACGUACGGCAGUGUGGGUGGGGGGUUACUGUCGGACAAGUACGUCGAGGAGCCCCGUACGGGCGGCUUGUUUGGGCUGGGCGGUAACAAGUACACCCCCCUGGACUUGAACACGUCAUCACUGAAAAUGUACUGGAACGUGGCCAAGCAGUUCGGCGGUCAGGACCUGUGGCGGGAGCUGCUCCUGGUGUUGCGGAGGGUGGCGGACAAGCACGGGGUUAGUGUCGCUAAUGUGGCCUUGCGCUGGGUGAUGCAGCAGGAAUGGCUCAACAGACUGAUGCUAGCCAUGUACCGGUGCUGGGAGCGAUUUAGUGUCACCCACUGGAGCAGUAUGUUGCCCGCCCUAGUGCUGCUGGAGGCUGAGGCCCCGCGUGAGUGGCUCCAACGGCUUGAGGACGUGCUGGCGCCCCGCCUGGCUGACUGCAGCGCCCUGCAGCUUCUUACGCUGCUGGUGGCCCUCACCAAGCUGAAGAGGAUGGGGAUGGAGGCCACGCAGGCAGCAGCACCGGCGGAACCAGGGGCAGCCACCUCGACCUCUGCCACUGUCGACAUGACCGUUGCCGCUGCGGCCCCCUCUAGCAAAGGAGUAGCACCUGGCAGUAGUGGACGUGUGGUCCAGAGUGGUGGCGGCGCUGCUGAGGCUGAGGCUGUGGCGGCCAGGGGUGUAGCAGCCACGACGUCGAAUCCCAGCACCCGCCCGAUCGGGAACUCCGCCGCCGCCAACGUGCGGGGAGCCGGCACUGCUGCUGUUGCUGCUGCUGCAGCAGCCGGGUCAUCAUCCCGACAGCUUCAGCAGCGGAGCGGUGGCAGCGGCGGUGAUGCGGAUGACAGCAGCAGCCGGCCGUCAACAGCUGCCGCCGCCGCAGCCCCAGCGACAAUUCCGCCGGGGUUGCUCUCCGGCCCUGCAGCCAGCCUUGACUCUGCCGCAACCUCCACCAGCAGCAGUGGCAGCAACAGCAGUAUGCUUCUCAGUCUAGACCGACUUCACAAUCUUCGCACGGCUCGCUGGCGGCAGCGGCGAUUGGCCGGGCUGGUGGAGGCGGAGUUGCUGCCCACUGGCGGCUGGUUGGCCGCCUGGUGGGCCGCCAGCGGGUCGCUGCUGCGCCGGAUGAGGUACGCCCCUAGCGAGCUGCUGCUGACCGCCAGCUGGCUCGUGAGCCUAAAGAUGAGGCCGCCGUCGGAGUGGCUGGAGAGGGCCAGCAUCAAGGUCAGCCAAAGCUACUCCAAAGUGAUGGCACCGGGGGAGCAGAUGCAGCUGGCGGCGGCUCUGCUGCCACUGGCGGGGCGGGGGGCCAGCAUCGUGGCCACGAGCCACACGCGGAGGACGCAGCCUCAGCCGCCACCUUCAGUUCAGGCAUCGCCGCCUCCACCGGCGCCUGCUGCUGCGGCGGCUGCGGAGGGUACGGCGGCGGAGGGGCAAGCCCAGUUAAAUCUUGUGGCGUUUUCUGUCCUCAAGCACCCACUUGCCCCCCUGCGCACCAGCUCCCACAUCAGCACCACAAAACCACAUGCGUCUGCAGCAACGUGCCGCGACCAUAGAUCCCCGCACAGACCCUACUUUGUGCUCCUGUCAGCCGUUAAACCGCCGCCGCGGCUCCGGGGGGACUUCCGCCCCAUGGGCGACUCCCGGUGA